UUGAUAAUUUUGAGAGAAGUGCUGUUGGUGCACUUGGUAAAUAACAGUUGAAGCAAUAAAGUUAAGAGCAUUCAAUCUACAUCUUCUGUUUUUUAUCUACUAGUGAUUUUCUGGAUCCCGACGAUCUAAUCGGCGGCACAGGAGCGGCGCAAUCAAGUUAAUCUCAGGAGCAUCAUAAACAGAUUGGCGGCAUAGGAGCGGCGUAACUAGAGGUAAUAUCAAGAGCGGCGCAACCAAAGGUGCCAGGCGUCAGGGGAUCGGAUGUUGUGGCUGAAGCGGUUCAUGGCUGGGCGGCGGCGGCAGCGGCGGCGGCGGCGAGGUCGUCAGAGAGCGGCGCAGCAACCCCACAAUGGAUCAAUUACCAAAAGAAAAGAGACACCCUGCCAACAAGAUAAUCAGGGUGAUAAGAGAUUAAAAUAUUCAGAGCCAGACUUACCAGAGCAUAUGUGGUGGCAUAUACACUCCCUAUUGCCACUGCGGGAUGCCGCCCGUGUUGCUUGUGUAUCUCGUGUAUUUCUACGUUCAUGGAGAUGCCAUCCCAACCUCAUCUUCAUUACGGAAACACUGGGCUUGGAACCAAAUGCUGGCAGACAACGUGAUAGAACAAGGGCUUUCACUAGCAUAGUUAACCACAUACUGAAAAAUCACUCAGGCAAUGGAAUAAAGACACUCAACCUUCAGUUGUAUGACUAUCCCGAUAUCAACCCGUGCGAUCUCAACAAUUGGCUUCAGAAUGCAAUUAAGCCAUGGAUCGAAGAAAUUACGCUGGGAUGUAUUGAUUGCAAGUACAUAAAAAUGUACAACUUCCCAUGCUCACUUUUAUUUGGUGAGAAUGGAAGGUCACUUCGGUAUCUUGACAUCCAUGGCUGUGCCUUCCGUCCCACGGUUGGCCUUCGCUUGAGAAGCCUAAGACAGUUGUGUUUAUAUUAUGUGUGUAUUACAGGGGAUGAGUUAUGGUGCCUUCUUACCAAUUCUUUUGCUUUGAAGGAGUUGGAGCUUUCGGGUUGCAGUGAGAUAAUCUGUCUGAAGGUACCACCACUAGAGCAACUCAGCCACCUGAAUGUGUUUUCAUGCAAGAUGCUGCAGAUGAUAGAGAUGACAGAUUCGAACAUCUCCACUUUUAACUUCAUUGGUAGCCUACCACAAUUCUCAGUUGGACAAUUGUCGAAAGUGAAGGAUUUGGAUAUGGAGUGUUCAAAUAAAUCCAACUUUCUUUUUAAUGCUAUUACCAGGCUUCCAUGUGUUGCGCCAAAUGUUGAAAGUCUUGUCCUAUUUUCAAUCAGCGAGAUGGUUGAUACUCCAAUGGUCGCUGCCAAAUUCCUCCACCUCAAGUACUUGGACAUAACGCUUUCUGAUGCCAAUUUUUCACCAGAAUAUGAUUACCUGUCUUUGGUUCAUUUUCUCGAUGCUUGUCCUGUUCUAGAGACCUUCAUCUUGUCGAUAUUACAGGAGCGCAUGAAGCAUGUUUCGGUUUUUGGGGAUGCCUCUUUACCUAUGAGGCAGAUGACUGAACACAAGAAGCACAAGAGCCUAAAACAUGUGAUGAUGUUAGGCUUCUGCUCUGCAAAGAGCUUGGUCGAGUUAACAUGCUGCAUUCUCGAGAAGGCGACAUCACUGGAAUGCAUUACACUGGACACCAUAAAUAAUUGGUAUUCUGAUGAAAGCGGUAUUAUUAACCGGUGUUCCGACACCAGCAACACCCGUAAAUGCUUACCUAUAGGCCGGAAGAUGAUAUUAGAGGCUCAUAGAGCGCUCCUGGCCAUCGAAAGAUACAUAGUGGGCAAAGUUCCCUCGGCUGUUAGGUUGGAUGUUCUCAGACCUUGUACCCGUUGCCAUACCGUUUGAACUUUAAUCGUCAAUUAUACUCUCAAUUUAUUAUAAUUUGACUAGCAAAAUGCCCAUGCGUUCCAAUGGUCUUAAACAAAAUUGGAAAGUUAUAAAGAUGCUCGAUU